AUGACCAUGGCAGACUCAGGCUCGAGACAGAGCACUCCAGUGAUGGAGGAGGAAAGCCCCAAGGACGAAUUCCCCAAGAGUGAAAGAAGUAUCGAUUGCGACCAGGAUGUCGAGAAACACCAGAUUCAGCAGGAAGGUAGCGAUGAGACGAUCGUCAACUGGGAGGGCGACGACGAUCCGCAGAAUCCCUACAACUGGCCCAAGAUGAAGAAGGCGCCUAGCAUUAUCAUCGUCUCCCUGAUGACGCUGAUCACGCCCCUCGCGUCCUCCAUGUUCUCCCCCGGCGUGCUCCAGGUCCUCCAUGACUUCCACUCCACGAACACCGUGCUGGGCUCCUUCACCGUCUCCGUGUACAUCCUGGGCUUCGCCUUCGGCCCCCCCAUCGUGGCUCCCUUCUCAGAGACCGUCGGCCGACUCCCCGUCUACCAUGUCUGCAACGUGCUCUUCCUCGUCUUCAUCAUCGCCUGUGCGCUGUCCAACAGUAUAGGCAUGCUCAUCGCGUUUCGCUUCCUCGCCGGCGUCGCCGGGAGCUGUCCCAUCACCAUCGGUGCCGGAACGAUCGCCGAUCUCGUUCGUCCGGAGAAUCGCGCCAAGGUCAUGUCACUGUGGACCAUGGGGCCCAUCCUGGGUCCCAUCAUUGGUCCCGUGGCCGGUGGCUUCGUGUCGCAAUAUAAAGGCUGGCGAUGGAAUUUCUGGAUCAUCGCGAUCAUCUCCGGAGCUUGCACCAUCGCAUCGCUUGUCUCCAUGCGGGAAACCUUCCACCCGGUCCUGCUCAAGCGCAAAGUCCAGAAAUGCCAAAAGGAGAACCCCGGCAAGGCGUAUCGCUCGGGCCUGGACACCGGCCUUACCACCAUCCAGACCUUCCAGAUGGCCAUCGUCCGCCCCCUGAAGCUGCUGCUCUUCUCGCCCAUCGUCCUCUUCCUCUCGCUCUACUGCGCCGUCGUGUAUGGUGUCCUCUACCUCCUCUUCACCACCCUCUCCGCCACCUUCUCCUACAAAUACGGAUUUUCGCAGGGAACGGUGGGGCUGUCGUUCAUCGGCAUCGGCGUGGGCUGCAUGGUGGGCCUGGUCGCCUUUGGCGCGCUGUCCGAUACAGUCGUGCUGAAGCUGGCCAACGGCGGGGAGAGACAGCCCGAGUACCGACUGCCGCCGCUGGUGGUCGGCGCCGCGUUCCUGCCGGUCGGGCUGUUCUGGUACGGAUGGUCGGCGCAGGCGCAGGUGCAUUGGAUCUGCCCGAUCAUCGCGACAUCGUUUGUGGGCAUCGGCAUGAUCACCGCGUUUAUGUCCAUCAGCAUGUAUCUCAUCGACUGCUACCCGAUGUACGCGGCCAGUGCGACCGCAGCCAACAGUAUCCUACGAUCGCUGGGCGGUGCGCUGCUUCCACUGGCUGGUGGACCUAUGUUCGACAGCCUCGGUCUGGGUUGGGGCAAUUCGCUGCUGGGGUUCAUCGGGCUGGUGAUUGUCCCUGCGGGAUUCUGGCUGUACAAGUAUGGCGCGGGGAUCCGCACGCACCCCAAGUUCCAAAUCAACUUAUAA